AUGACUAUAGUUCUAGCGGAGAAGGUUUGUGGUGUUGGUAAUGACAAUGAAGGAGGAGAUAAUAGUGGUUGCAACGAUUGUAACAAUAACGAUGGAGGAGAGGAAGGAGUAGAAGGAAGAAGAGAAGGAAGUAGUGAUGUUGGAGGAGGAAGUAGUGGUGAUACAGGAGGAAGAAGAGGAGGUAGUGGAGGAGUAAGAGGAGAUGGUGAUGGUAGUGUCAUAGGAGAAGAUGGUGGUAACAACAGUGGUAGUAAAAGGAAUAAGGACGGUAGUGUCUGUAGAAAGGGUAGAGAAGGGGAGGAAAAGACAAGGGCUUUAUGUAAAUAA